GAUUCGAUUCAUCCUCAUACAAAAUAGGGCCGGUAAAACAAGAUUAGCCAAAUGGUAUAUGAAUUUUGAUGAUGACGAAAAACAAAAAUUGAUUGAAGAAGUUCAUGCUGUGGUUACUGUAAGAGAUGCCAAACAUACAAAUUUUGUUGAGUUUCGCAACUUCAAGAUUGUGUACAGACGAUACGCUGGACUUUAUUUCUGCAUAUGUGUUGAUGUUAAUGACAAUAACCUCAGUUACCUAGAAGCAAUACAUAAUUUCGUAGAGGUCCUCAAUGAAUAUUUCCACAAUGUAUGUGAAUUAGAUCUGGUUUUCAACUUUUAUAAAGUUUACACAGUCGUUGAUGAAAUGUUUUUAGCUGGUGAAAUAAGAGAAACUUCACAAACGAAAGUUUUGAAGCAACUCCUUAUGUUAAACUCGUUGGAAUAA